AUGUAUCAAUUUAUGUUGUUUUUCAAAAUGGAACAAUUUACUCAUUAGAUAGAGAGUUAAUUUGGUCAUGUACAAUAUUACAGACGUAUAAAUUGCAUUAAACCUGUCGGUAAAUGUUUUGAUUUACUUUAACUGCAGAGUUAGUACAGAAGAAUAUAACUUUAGCAAGCGCUGUGCUUUUUCUUUAUGGUCUUUGCUGCAUUUGCAUCUUUUUAAGGGGAUUAACAAUGUCAGGAACCACUAAGAUCACUUCUUUUCAGCUUUUUCUUUGAGCGUUCAUCCCUGUAGAUGCUACAUAUUCUUAUGUUCUCCAGAGUUCCAGAAUUAGAAAGGAAUGUUUCAGCGGUAAUCUGAUUCUAAAGGAUGGAACCGAAAAAGAAAGUCUAGAACCAGUACCAUGAUUCGUCAAUUACUGCUCGAAAAGAGGUUGCUGUUAUAACUUACAAGCUCUUCAAAGCAGCAUCUUUACUUUUCUUGUCCCCAAAUACGGUAAGCUUUAUCCAGAUUGCACUCAUCUAUAGCCCCAAUGCAAAUGCUUUUGUUCAACUUCAAGUUUGAGCUCAUGGACAUCUACAGAUUCACAGAAAGACUGUCACAAAACAUGUAGACUGGUGAAACCAACGAUCAACCUGUAAAUUCCUGAAUCCUUGCUGGUCAUGAGCUUUCCUGAAGAUGAACAUGUCGAUUCAAUCCCCUCACUGACCACGAAUGAAGAUUUUCUGAUAAGGGAAAUUUUGCUCACGCACAAUCCUGAUGAUCGUCAGCUCGAUUCUGAGAUGCUGCUGCAGUUAGUGGAGAGUACUUUCUGUUCUGCUACAGAGAAUGUGUUUGCUACACAACUUGAUGCUAUCAGCACUGGUAAUAUUGACCUAAUUGGCUCAGAAGAGCCAAUGUCACUCACCAUCUCUAAGAUCUCAAAUGAGAUGCUUAGCAGAUGCUUUGAGGGUGAAAAUUUGCAUAGAAAAACAUUAGUCUUACUAGAAAUGCUUAGCCAUUAUAGAUGGGACGCGAAAGUGAUGUUAGCCCUUGCAUCGUUUGCGUGUAGCUUUGGAUUAUUUCAGCUCAUAUUGCAGCUACAAUCUGAUAAUGCAUUGGCAGUGUCUUUGGCAAUGAUUAAACGACUCCCCGGGGCCAGCAGCAUGUUAACCCCAGAGUUUAAGGCUAUGAAUUUGUUGGUUAACACAAUGGUGAAGCUGACAAAAGUUAUAAUUAGCUUUGAAGGAAUGUCUAUGCAUUAUGAACUUGUGGAUGAUAAAGUUAUGGAGGUCACAAAGUCGAACAUCUACGUGGCUACCUACUGGAUUUUGAGAAGCAUAUUACUUUGCUCUUCACAGAUAGCAGAUUUGAGAAACUUGAGACUUGAGAAAGUGUAUUCAGAUAAAACUGUUGUUGCAGCAUGGGGACUCCAUAGUGUGGGAAAUAAGUUGAGCAGUCUGUGCAUCGACCUUGGAGAACACGUCGCUAAAUGCCAGCAGCAGAUAGAGACAAGGUUCUACGACAAGCUGCUACAAAUGUUUAAGGAGAAACAUGUCGACAACCAAGAGGUGUUAAGCUUAUUAUUUCCUAUGCAGAGCGACUUCCCCUUCAAGAAUUCCUCCACGACAGAGAAGUGUGGCGUUCUUGAACUGAAAAACAAGGUAGUCGUUCUGUUGAUCUCAAAGCCAGAGUUAAUCCCGGUAGACGAGUUACUUUUCCUGGUGCAGCAGACAAGUGAUCAUCCAAAAGGAAACAAAUUUGAGGGCAGCUACAAAAUAUUAUGGGUUCCAAUUCCAUCUUGGCAUGAAUGGAAUCUUGCUGAUAAGAUAAACUUUGAGUUCUUCUCGAAUAGAUUGCCCUGGUUUUCAAUCCGAAGGCCAUGGUCACUAAAUUCAACUGUAGUAAGCUAUAUCAGGCAAGAAUGGAACUUCAACGACGAUCCCAUAAUGGUUGUAUUGAACGAAAAUGGCAUGGUCACAAACUUAAAUGCAAUGGACAUGAUUUGGAUCUGGGGACCCAAAGCAUUUCCCUUUUCAAAUUCAAGAGAAAAGGAGCUCUGGGAACAGAAAAAUUGCAUGCUGGAUCUCAUCAUCAAUGGAAUCAGCCCUUCAUCGACCAAGUGGGUGGAGGAAGGCAAAAACAUCUGUAUUUAUGGAAGUGCAAACAUACACUGGAUCAGAGAAUUUAACGCCUUGAUCAAGAAAAUAAAAGGCGCAGGCGUCCAGCUUGAAGUCUUAUACGUUGGCUGCAAGAAUCCUGAUGAAAAUGUGAAAACCAUUAUAGACACCAUUGAUCAAGAAAAGAUAUGCACUUCCCUGACUAUCCAUAAGGUACAAUUCUUCUGGCUCCGGUUGGAGAGGAUAAAAAGAUUGAUUUCUGCCUAUGAAGAUCACACGAUAAGUUUGGACAAAACAUCAAAAAAGUUGGCAGAAUUGCUGGAUCUCAACAUGAACAAAAACUGGGCUAUAAUUGGCCAGGGAUCGUCAACCGAUGUCUUGAAACUUGAUGCAGAAAAGCUAGAAGAAUGCCUCCACUUACUCCCUUUAUGGUGUAAAAAUGUGACAACAAUGGGCUUAGUUGGAGCCACUAAAAGUGGCUUUGAACCAUCUUCUGCUGGUGGAACAUGCAAUCAUAGUGAAUUGCUUCCCUAUGAAGAAGGAUUGGUUGAUAAAACAGUGAUUUGUGGUUCAUGUAAAAGGCCAAUGGAGAAGUUUGUUCUCUACAAAUGUGAAGAAUAAAGAGUGUUCAGUUGGUGAAUAAAUAACAUUUGAAUUUCAA